CCUUGUCAUUUGGCUUCAGUAGAUUGUGCCGUGGAGAGGAAAAGGACAGCAGCGGCAGCGCAGUGAAGGGAGCAGUAGUGCGCUGGUGAAAAAAAAAAAAAAAAAAAUACAGAGAAACGAAAAUCUAACAAUGAAAAGGACGCAUGAACGCAUUAUAGUUCACCAGUAACUAAACUAGUCUUUUUAUAUUUAAGUCAAUGACGUAGAAUCGUCUACGCAAGUGAUUUAAAGGUUAGCAGCUGGCUAAAGCGAGACAGGGCUGUGUCAUUGAGAAGGCAGGACACGUCAAGACGAGGAAGAGAGAAAACAAAUAGACACUCUUGACGGAUUAAAGAUCCCCAGUUCAUAAUAUCAGAUCACCAGUUUAUUCGAGCUUCUGCGUUAGUUUGCGUUGUGAUAUCUGGAACGAGUGUCUCCUCAGUCAUCGCUCGGAUCAGCCACUAAGGGCAUAGGAAGCAAGAACAACUGUGUUGGAGCCAGGUUGAACUGGAGAACAUAAAUGGGGGAUUACGGGUUUGGAGUCUUAGUGCAGAACAACACUGGCAACAAGUCUGCUUUCCCAGUACGAAUCCACCCUCACCUGCAACCCCCACACCACCACCAAAAUGCGACCGCCAGCCCCGCCGCUUUCAUAAACAGCACCCCGGCUGGGAAUGGCAGCAACAGCGGUUCGACCUGGCUGUUCCCGACGGCCGGCGCUCACAGCAACAUGCAAGAUGAAAUCCUGGGCUCUGAAAAGCCCAAAGUCCAGCAGCAGGAGCUGCAGGAGACCCAAGAGAAGCAGCAGCAGCAGCAGCUCUCACCCGGACACCAGGAGAGCGGCAUCAUCUCUGAGCUGGAAAAGGCUCGCGCUGAAGAGAGUAAAGUGGAGAGCGGGUCAUCCGAGGGGACCAACGGCAAGGAGAAGCUGCGUUUGGAGUCCCCCGUGCUGACGCCCUUUGACUAUCAGGAGCCUUCGGGACUGGGCACGGCUGCCCAAUCCAGCACCUCCUCCUCCCUGACCAGCUUCAACAACUGGUCAGCUGCUAUCCCUGCCACCCCUUCCACCAUCAUCAACGAGGACAUCAGCUUCUUCAACCCGGCUGCCUCAGCCAACAAUGGCCCUCUGCUGUUCCAGAAUUUCUCCCACCAUGUCAGCCCGGGCUUCGGGGGCAACUUCUCUCCUCAGAUUGGUCCCAUCUCCCAGCACCACCCACCUCACCCCCACUUCCAGCACCCUCACAGCCAGCACCAGCAGCAUCGUCGUUCUCCGGCUAGUCCCCAUCCACCGCCGUUCCCCCACCGCAGCGCCCCCUUCGGCCAGCUGCCGCAUCUCUCCAACAACCUGAGCAAGCCUCCCUCACCAUGGGGCAGCUACCAGAGCCCCUCGCCCUCUCCUUCUUCCACUUCCUGGAGCCCAGGUGGGGGUUAUGGCGGUUGGGGCGGCUCCCAGGGCCGCGAGUACCGCAGAGGCCUGAAUGGCGGCAUGACGCCUCUCAACUCCAUCUCCCCACUGAAGAAGACCUUCCCCAACAACCACAUGCCACAGCAGAAGUACUCCCGCGCCAGUCCCGGCUUCAACCCUAAGUCCUGGAUGGAUGACAGCAGGAGUGAGAACAUCUUCCCUUUUCAGGAUCGUCCCCGUUCAUUCGAUGGCUUCAACAUGCAUUCUCUGGAGAAUUCUCUGAUUGACAUCAUGAGGGCUGAGCAAGACACUCUGAAAGGUCGCCUCGGAUUCACCCAUCCAGGAGGAGACAGCCCCUUGCCCAUAAAUGCAAGGAAUUAUGGGAGGCGACGAGGACACUCAUCCCUGUUCCCGAUGGAAGAUGGCUUCCCAGAUGAGGAGAGAGCCGAUCAGAGCCUGCCUGGCCUCGGUUCCCCCCACUGCUUCCCUCACCAGAACGGAGAGAGGGUGGAGCGCUAUUCUCGCAAAGUCUUUGUGGGUGGCCUCCCCCCUGACAUAGACGAAGAUGAGAUUACCGCUAGUUUUCGCCGCUUUGGCCACCUGUUUGUUGACUGGCCUCACAAAGCAGAGAGCAAGUCAUACUUCCCCCCGAAAGGUUAUGCUUUCCUCUUGUUUCAAGAUGAGAGCUCUGUUCAAGCCCUUAUCGAUGCCUGCAUCGAGGAGGACGGAAAGCUCUACUUAUGCGUUUCCAGCCCCACCAUUAAAGACAAACCUGUCCAGAUUCGCCCGUGGAAUCUUAAUGAUAGUGACUUUGUGAUGGAUGGAUCACAGCCCCUAGACCCCAGGAAGACCAUAUUUGUGGGUGGAGUGCCACGCCCACUUCGUGCAGUGGAACUGGCGAUGAUCAUGGACAGGCUGUAUGGUGGCGUGUGCUAUGCAGGCAUCGACACAGACCCAGAACUAAAGUACCCCAAGGGAGCAGGGCGGGUCGCCUUCUCUAAUCAGCAGAGCUACAUUGCUGCUAUCAGUGCUCGUUUUGUACAACUGCAGCAUGGAGAAAUUGAUAAACGGGUGGAAGUGAAGCCAUACGUCUUGGAUGACCAGCUGUGCGAUGAAUGUCAGGGGACUCGCUGCGGAGGCAAGUUCGCCCCUUUCUUCUGCGCUAACGUGACCUGUCUCCAGUAUUACUGUGAAUACUGCUGGGCGGCUAUCCACUCGCGCGCCGGCCGGGAGUUCCACAAGCCCCUGGUUAAGGAAGGCGGCGACAGACCUCGCCACAUCUCCUUCCGCUGGAACUAAAGCUGGUAGGCCAGGAGAAGAGAGAGAGAAGGCUAAGAGUAGGCUAGGAGGAGUCGCAAAAUCAUCAUCUAAAUAAAUGCACUUUUCUGUUGCUGGUUCCUUUUUAGUUUAAUUUAAAAAAAAAGACAAACAAACAAAAAAAUAUAUAUAUGAUUUUAAUUUGUCAUUUAAUAUAUUAAAAAAAGUGGAUGUGUAUCCAAAAAAAAAGAUUCAGGAAGAAAAAGAAAAUGUCUAAUCCAUCUCUCUAUUUUUUUAUAACUCCAUUAUAUUUCAUUUUCAAGUGCACAGAGAUGUGAAUAUAUUGAGUAUUAGUAUAAUUUGUCAGUAAGUAUCUGCAUGACUUUAGAAUUGGCUUUUUGUUAACAUUGCGAUUGGAAGUAUUACGUCCUAUUUUUAAUUUAAUCGAAAAGGCAAAGGAGCAAACGCGAAAAGAAAAGGUGCGGGAAGAGUGCACUUAUUUCUUUGCUAGCCAGAGUGCAGAUGUGUGGUCUAAGAUCUGAGUUGUUAACCAAAGCUUGGGAUUUGAGAAACAGAAGAAGCGAAUUCUCUCAACGCUCUUUUUUUUUUUUCUUUUUUUUUUUUUUGUAUACUUUAAGACCAUGCUAAUCUUUAAUGUUUCCUGAUGAAAACAACCGAUUCCACAACAGCUGUCUGGAUUUGAUCUCCAUUGUGACAUGCAAGAAAACUAAUACCUCAAGCUUAGCUGCUAGUUUAAGUCGAAUAUAUAUAUAGAGAGAGAGAGAAAAAAAAAUCAAGCUGGUCUCAUCCUUUCCCCCCAGGACCACAGAAAAGGAAAUGACAUCAGCAAAUAGCACAUUGAGAAAAUCUGCUCUGUCACUUCCUGAUUUGAAUUGGAGAUUCAGCAUCCUAGUGGGGAAUGUAUGUUGUUAAAGUUGCAGUAGUCUGCCUGCAAGCUGGUUCGAACGCAAGGAACUUGAUUUCGUUGCCGUCGUUCUCUCAGGCUUUUCGCGGCAAGCCUUCGUUUUCAUUUUUAACUCGCAAUAUGUGUCUCGUAAGCCUUUCCCCAGCCCCCAGAAGCCCUGAAAAGAGGUGUACGUACAAGCAGAACAGCAGUCAGGAAGGGAGAGAAGACAGAUCGAACAAGGUACAGCACCCGUGCCCGCUCAGCCUGAGUGUAAAGCAUAACUGAAGGUAGUCCACUCAUCCAACGCUCACCAUAAGAGGUUUUACUUUCCGACAUUAGGGAACCAAAGAUGGCUGUGUAGUAGCUAGCAAAAACCAUGGAUGUUUCCUUUCUUUUGCCCUGCAGAUUUCAUUUUGGUUGAUUGUUUUUUUGCCCCCCAAACCCAACCCAGUCCUCAUCCCAUUCAGUAUAAAGACCAGAUGGGCUCCAGCAAACCAAAGAUUGGCCUUGAAUCGAUCAGCAUGCAGUUAAAGUCCUAGUAACACUAGUGAAAACUGGCCGAAGGAGACGCAUGCGAGGAGUACGCCAGGCAUCAGGAAAUUCCAAUUUAUCGAAACCGUAAAGCGCAAAAGUCAGGGAGUUAGUGAUCAAUUGAUACACUAGUGAGAAACUUGACGACGGCGUCCUCGUAGACCCGUUCAGCACCGUCACUCGAGCUGCUGGGUGUGGUGGUUGAACAUUUUCGAAGUUAAACACUUUUUGAAGAAUUUGCUGUUGACGAGAUGGCAAAAAAAAAAAAGAUGAUUAUUUUAUACAUGGCCUGCUGAUUUUUGGUACAGUGUUUUCUAGCUAAAUUAUUUUGUCAUGCACAUAUAAACAUUUAUUAUGCACUACUUUUCUAAAUACUUUUUUUUCAACAGUCAUUUUAGGCACAUUUUUCACAAAUGGAAAAAAAAACUCCUUUUUGCAAUACCUCAAUUUUUCACAUUGUGAAAGGUAGCUUUUGUACUUUUGUUACUGAGAGAUCUGCAUAUAUGGAAAUUUUCAUUUUAAGAGAAACAAGAAAAAAAGAGGUCGAGUGAAUUUAAUAUAUAUUAUUUUCAAUUAUGCUUUUUAUACAUUUCAGUGCUGAGGAAUCUUUACAACUAAAGCACGCACUUGUGUUGACGCGACAAAUCUGCGGAGGAGAGAUCAAAGUGUCUUGCUCUUGUACACUAGAUUUUAAUGGCAAACCUAGAUUUGGAAAUGAUCUGACAGCAGCAUGGUAAGAACACGUUGUCGUUCAUGUUAAUAUUGCGCAAAAUGGCUAAAAGAUAUAUAAACUAUAAUAUAAGGAGAAUGCUAAAUCUGGUUCAUGUUUAGGCUGAUCCUCGUAUCCCGAGAAUGGAUGUUUGAUGUCUAGGUAUUUUAACAUUUGAAAAUAUAUAUCCUUGAACUGCCAACUAGUUCCUAUUGUAAUCCUUAGCAUGCAUGACGAGAAUAAUAAUAAUAAAAAAAAACACGUACAUGAAUUAGCUAUUGAAAUUAAUUGUUGUGGUUGUGCACCAGAUGUUUCUAAAGCUUUGAUUUAAGGCCACCCCACACCCUGCACCCUUCCCAUGUUAUUCCACAUUAUCCAGUAUCGAUAGGACACACACACACACACACAGAACUCUAAACGUCAUUAGAUGAAUUUGCAGUGCAGGACGAAAGCAUCUUCUAUAGUACGCUGUCGAAAAGACUUGAGAACUUCAUCCCCACUGUCUGUCGGAAGUUAAUCGAAACCCGUUUGGAGGAAGGGGAACUUAAGACUUGAAUGUGGUAAAUGUUGCAAGUUAACUUGGAGUUGUUAUGUGCAAUACUUUUUUUGAACUUUUUCCAGAUAAAGACUCUUUGCAAUGUAAUUCUUUAAUGCCAUUUUUAAUUGCCGACAUUUAAAGAAGAUGUUAAUAUGUUUUUCACAGUCAUUUUCUACUGUUAUUGUAAUCCUUUUCAUGCUGGUGUUUGUAAAAAAGAAAAGAAAUCCAACUAUUUGUACUAAUAUAAAUAAUUGAAGUUAUUUUUAAAACAUUAAAGGUUUUGUGCUCAUUUGCUUAUUUUGUUUAUUUCAAGCUACUGUGAUUGAUUGCAUUGUAAUUAUUAGGUCAACAAUGUAUUUAGCUGUUUAUUGGUAUAUUUUUAAUUGGAAUGUAUAAUUAAUUUUUAUAAUUUUGAUCAGAUUUUUGUUAUAUUUUUGAGGUGAAGCUUUUAAUAUGUUAAAGUGUCUAGUUUUUACUAAUUGCUAUAUUGUGCUCCACAAUAUAUGGUUCACAUUUUCUGAAGGAAAAUAAAUAUUUAAAUAUCUGUCUGUUAACGAUGUUACUUAAUGGCAAAAUUUCAAUAGUUUUUAACUGUGUAUGGGAAGGUUGUUGUAUUUAUUAAUAGCAUUUUUUUACUUAAGAUAUCACCUUAAUUUUUAUUGUCAUUUCACUUUAUAAGUUCCUAUUUUUGUAUUUUUCUUUCUAAUUAAGUUAUGUUAUACAAAUUGUCCAUAUUCUAGGAGUUGGUCUGUAAGUGCUAGUGAAACAAAAAGAAAAAUCUAAUGUUAUUUAAUUGUUUGCAGCCAACUAUUUAUAACAAUAUGCAUAAUUUUUAAAUAUUUGUAAUGUGAAAUGUUGAAUGAAUAAAACUUAACUGUGACAAGA